AUUUUUUGAAAAAAACGGAGGCAAUUAUAAUACCGAGGCCUUAAUUAUUAAAUUUUUAAGGCACUUUAAAGUUUAGCUUCGCGAAAAUAUUAGUAAUUUUUCUGCGAAACUACAGUCUGUCAAGCCAUUUCCGUCAGUAUUUUCUAGCGGCAAGCGGCAGAUUUAAAAAAUGUAGGCGUGAAGGGUAAUCGUCUUAUAGAAAAUUUUAAUGUAGCGCCUUUUUCUACUGAUGAAAUUGUGGAUUUAUAUGAUACUCUCAAUUUAUAUGUUAAAUAUGAAUAAUAUAAUUUAUAUAAUCAAUAACAUUUUCAAAAAAAUUAUAGCACCAAAACUAACGGAGGCCCAACUAAUUAAUGUCAGAUUCGCAAGAUUAAGAGUUCAGGUGGACCGCUUUACUAAUAAAGCCAAUGCAUUUGAUGUUGUCAUGGCGUCACAGAUGAGCGACUGCCAGGAAAAUGUGACACAGAUGCAAUAUAAUGUCGAGACGAUCAAAGAACGCAUAGAUGACCAUUUAGCGCACCCAGCAGAAGAUCCUGUUGCUGUAGCUGCGAUAAAAGAAGAGUUCGCGGAUAUGCAAUUCAACCUAGUUGCUGCAAAGAAUAACCAAAUGGAACUAACAGGCAUCCAGGAACAAACUGGUGCAGAUCUUACUAGAAUUAAAAAAAGACUUGAAAUGAUCGGUCGAGUCAAAACUACUCGGGAGGAAGCCUUAGAAGCCCUGCAGUAUAAAGCGAGAGUGGUUGACGUCAACGGUUUGUUAUCUAGAGAGCAGCUCUGCGCUGUUGUCGGAUUUCUGCAAGGAGAAAUUCAUAAGACAAAAUAUCACAUUGAAUCCGGGGAAAUUAAUUGGCAGGCCUGCAUAGAUGAUUUUAUUAUGACAACCAUGAAUGAAAAAUGUGACCGCGUGCAAGCUUUAACUUUGAAUAACUCACUGCGCGACUAUUAUAGAUCAAUGAACGCUGUACUCAAUACAAUGCUUAAUAUUGUCGGCGAUUACCCAGUAAAUCUAUUUAAGAAAAAAUUGGACCGCGAUGGAAAUUGUUUAUCAUGCGGAACGCCUGCCGAUACAAAAGUAUCAGACAAAUAUAUGGAGCUUGCAAGACGCAUGAUCAAGCGACAAGCUGCUGAAAUAGAUGAUGACGAAAUUCCGCCAAAACCAUGUGUUCCUGGGCGGCCGAUACCACACCCUGUGGAUCCGAGGGCAUUAGUUUGCGAGCGGUACUGCGGAGCGUCUGUUAGCAAAACUGAAGAAAGUCUAUCAUCGUCAUUAGGAUUAGAUGUUACGGACAUAAACCCAACACAUGUAACAGACAUGCGAGGAAAGGUACAUUUGCCCUGCACACCGUGCACUCACUCCGAGGAAACUUUUUUUAAAUAUACUUUGUGAUUAGUGCAUAAUAAUCAAGUAUUUAAGUGGGUACCUAACGGUGACCUAUUUAUUACCUACUCGUAUAACAAAACAUGGUAAAACAUGGGUAAAAUAUUUUUCACCUCAGCCGCUCGAACAAGCAGACUUUCGUCACUCCAGGGAGUGAGGAAAGUGCGACUUUCAUCACUCCAGGGAGCGAGACAAAGUACCUUUAAUAUGUUCUCACUACUGAGGUGAAAAGUUGUAUGUCACACGAGAGUGAUUCACAAAGUUAUUUUACUUCUCGUGUUUUUGAGUAUCAGAUUAGAAUCACUCACUUCGCUCGUGAUCGUGAUCAACACUCGCAAAAAAAACAACUUUCCUCUGUCGUUGCACAAAUCACUAUUGGAUAAUACUUGACUGUGGUCUGUCAGUAGGACAUUCAUUCAUUCAUUUGUUAUUAUUGUUUACUAUUUUAACCCAAUACCUAUAGGUAAUACUUAGACAAUAAUUUCAUUACCGUGAAUCUUAUUUGUAUUUUAGAGCGUUGUAAUUUUAAUUUUAUUAAAAUAAAGUAAAAGUUAAAAAAUACAUAACGUAUAAAAUUUCCAGUCCAGUAGCAUAUUUUAUGCCAAGUUGGCAAUACUGAUCCAGCGGCAGGAUGG